CAGGGAGUGACCCGCCUAUGAUCGGGGUGCACAGUGGCUGCUGCGUCCGUGCAGAAGGCAGAGGCUGUCAUGGGGAAGAGGAAGAAAUGCAAACUGCGGGACAUCAUGGAAGAUGUUGGAAUAGAGAUCGAUGGACAAGUCGAGAGUGACUCAGAGAGUGAAGAAGAUGAAGUAAAAGACAAGAGAUCUAAGAAACAGACCCGCAGGGAAAUUGUCAGAGCAAACAGACUUGAAAGGAAAAAGUCACAGAAAAAUGAAGAAAAUGAGAGCAAAGAGGAAGAAGAUUGUCCUCAGCAAAGCAGAGCUUCUAGGAGGAAAAACCACCGAACAAAAAAAAGUGAUGGAAAAAAGGAAGGAGAAGGAAGAAAAAAGGCUUCUUCCAAAGACGAAAAGGAGUUAGAAAAUAAAGAAAAGAAAACAAACACGAAAGGAAAGGAGGAGGAGAACAAACAGAAGAAAGGCAGGAAAAACAGCACCUCUUCCAACUCUUCCAAUUCAUCCGACGAGGAAUCGCUGUCAGAGGAAGAGCUUGCGAUGCUGAUGGAGGAGGUGGAGCAAAAGAAAAAACUCAUCUCCACCAUGAGAAACAAGCCCUGGCGAAUGAUGAAGAAGCUCUCUGUGCUCAGGGAGGCACAAGCUUUCGUUGAGAAGUUUGAGGGAGCCCUGGGAAAAGGGAAGGGCAAAAAGCUGUAUGCGUAUAAGAUGAUGAUGGCAAAGAAAUGGGUGAAAUUUAAAAGAGACUUUGACAACUUUAAAACCCAGUGCAUACCGUGGGAGAUGAAGAUAAAAGAAGUGGAGAGUCACUUUGGUUCCUCUGUUGCUUCCUAUUUCAUAUUUCUGCGAUGGAUGUAUGGUGUAAACCUUGUCCUUUUUGGAUUAAUAUUUGGACUGGUUAUAAUUCCAGAGGUCCUGAUGGGAAUGCCGUAUGGGAGCAUGCCAAGAAAAACCGUACCUCGGGCUGAACAAGCAACAGCUAUGGAUUUUUCUGUUCUCUGGGAUUUUGAGGGGUACAUCAAGUACUCAGCACUCUUUUAUGGCUACUACAACAACCAGCGGACAAUUGGCUGGUUAAAAUACAGGCUGCCAAUGGCAUAUUUCAUGGUUGGGAUCAGCGUGUUUGGCUACAGCCUGAUGGUUGUUAUCAGAUCGAUGGCACGCAAUGCCAAUGAAAGCACAGCAGAUGGGGACGAUGACAACUUCGUUUUUAGCUGGAAAAUGUUUACGAGCUGGGACUACCUCAUUGGCAACCCAGAGACAGCAGACAACAAGUUUGCAUCCAUCACCACAAGCUUCAAGGAAUCUAUUGUGGAUGAGCAAGAAAGCAACAAGGAUGAGAACAUCCAUCUGAGGAGGUUCCUGCGGGUCCUGGCCAACGUCCUCAUCAUAUGCUGCUUGUGCGGGAGUGGCUACCUCAUUUACUUUGUGGUGAAACGCUCCCAGACGUUUUCAAAAAUGCAGAAUGCUGGGUGGUAUGAAAGAAAUGAGGUUGAAAUUGUGAUGUCCUUGCUGGGCAUGUUUUGCCCUCCUCUGUUUGAAACUAUUGCCACACUGGAAAACUACCAUCCUCGCAUCGGUCUGAAGUGGCAGCUGGGGCGCAUCUUUGCUCUCUUCCUGGGAAACCUCUACACAUUCCUUCUGGCCUUGAUGGAUGAUGUCAACGAAAAACUGGCUGAAGAGGACGUUGUGAAGAACAUCACGCGCUGGACACUUUUUGGCCACUAUAACUCAUCCAUGGAGAACAGCACUGCUACCCCACCUCCCCUCGACCCUGCAGAUGUGCCCAGGGGACCCUGCUGGGAGACGACCGUCGGCAUUGAGAUUGUAAGGCUCACUGUGUCUGAUAUCCUGGUGACCUUCGUAACCAUCCUGGUGGGAGAUUUCAUCCGAGCUUGCUUCGUGAGAUUCAUGAAUUACUGUUGGUGCUGGGACCUAGAGGCUGGAUUUCCUUCCUAUGCAGAGUUUGACAUCAGUGGCAAUGUUUUGGGUUUGGUCUUCAACCAAGGAAUGAUUUGGAUGGGAUCCUUUUAUGCACCAGGGCUCGUGGGUAUAAACGUGCUGCGCUUAUUAACCUCCAUGUAUUUUCAGUGCUGGGCUGUCAUGAGUAGCAAUGUUCCUCAUGCACGAGUAUUCAAAGCAUCCAAGUCUAACAACUUUUACAUGGGACUGCUGCUGUUGAUCCUGUUCCUCAGUCUCCUGCCCGUGGCCUACACCAUCAUGUCCCUGCCGCCUUCCUUUGACUGUGGACCGUUCAGUGGAAAGAAAAGGAUGUAUGAUGUCAUUCAAGAGACCAUUGAGCUUGAUUUCCCACUUUUUGUUGCCAAGAUCUUCGGCUAUGUGGCAAAUCCAGGACUGAUCAUUCCUGCAAUUCUGCUCAUGGUCCUCGCUAUCUAUUAUCUAAAUGCUGUGUCUGAAGCGUACCAGCGUGCCAACGCAGAGCUGAAGAAGAAAAUGCAAUUGCAACGUGAAGAGGAGAAAAACAAGAGGAACAACAAAACCAGCACAAAUUCCAUGAUGCAGGAUCUGGAGGAUUUACUUGCACCGAGUACAAAGAGUGAAAGCUCUCCCAAAAAAGCAGAAGACAAGAAAACAGAUUCUCCCAAUCAAGUCAGCCCUGUUGGGAAACAAGAAAAAACAGAAGCCCUGAACAGCAGCCCUAUAACCACUGGGAGAAGAGCAGCAUUCAUCCCACCACCGCACAUACUGGUGACACGGCCACUGACACCAGGCACAUGGGCACCAUACCCUCAGCCAAGACAGCCCUGGCCAGGAGGACGCCCAAUGGGGCCAUUUCCUGGAAGAGGGCAGCCACGAUACCUCCAUCCUGUCUGA